UGCGUCCUGCAAGUCGUCCUGCUGGUCGCGGCUCUAAGUCGGGAAUCUGUGAGAAGACUCCAGUAGAGAAUACCGGCUUGCUGCCUUUUUCAGCGCUCCAAGCCGUGCACCAUGCUUGUUCUCCGAAGUGGCCUGACUAGGGCUCUGGCCGCGCGGACACUGACGCCUCAGGUGUGUUCAUCUUUUGCUACAGGACCUAGACAAUACGAUGGAACAUUCUAUGAAUUUCGUACCUAUUAUCUUAAGCCUUCGAAGAUGAAUGAGUUUCUGGAAAAUUUUAAGAAAAAUGUACAUCUUCGGACAGCUCACUCUGAAUUGGUUGGCUACUGGAGUGUUGAAUUUGGAGGCAGAAUGAAUAAAGCGUUUCAUAUUUGGAAGUAUGAUAAUUAUGCUCAUCGAACUGAAGUCCGGAAAGCCUUGGCCAAAGAUAGGGAAUGGCAAGAGCAGUUUCUCAUUCCAAAUUUGGCCCUUAUUGAUAAACAGGAGAGUGAGAUUACUUAUCUGGUACCAUGGUGCAAAUUAGAAAAGCCUCCAAAAGAAGGAGUCUAUGAACUGGUUACUUUUCAGAUGAAACCAGGUGGGCCAGCUCUGUGGGGUGAUGCAUUUAAAAGGGCAAUUCAUGCCCAUGUCAACCUAGGCUACUCAAAACUAGUUGGAGUUUUCCACACAGAAUAUGGAGCGCUGAACAGAGUUCACGUUCUUUGGUGGAGUGAGAAUGCAGACAGUCGUGCAGCUGGGAGACACCAGUCUCACGAGGAUCCCAGAGUCGUGGCAGCUGUUCGGGAAAGCGUCAAUUACCUAGUGUCGCAGCAGAAUAUGCUUCUGAUUCCUACAUCAUUUUCACCGUUGAAAUAGUUUUCCACCAAAGUACAAAGCAUUUCAUUAACUGUCUUAAGAUAUGUCUGCUAAUGGUGCUUCAGUUCUCCCAAGCGCAUCUCACUUUUAUUUGAAGAAGGUGGUAAGUUAAUUCGCUGCGUCUCUGCAUUUUUAAAGCCAUCUCUGUUCUUUGUCAUUACCACCUCAGAAAAUAGUUCUGUUCAUUUUCCCCAUGGCAUUUCAGUAGCUAUUAUACAUUAGGAAUAGUUGCCACUAGUCAUGAUCUCGGGUUUUCAUUUCUUUCAGAAUACCUCUUAUUCUCUAUUUUGACGACCCUUUGGCUCAAUAGCAUUUUCUUGUAUUUAAAUGGUUUUACAUUCUUGUGCUUGACAGUAUUUUAAAAUUAUUUUUUAUGAUUUUUUAUGUACAUGCAAUGUCUGUAUUUUCAACAUGUCUUGUGCUAUUUUUGAGAUUGAAAGUAAUUUUUUGCCCAGUAAAGUUUAUUUUGUAAUAUAAGAAUAUUAGAUCAAAUAUAUUUCUUUACUUUAGGAAAGUACAGUAACACCUGUGUCAUCUGUACCUUUCACAUUAUUAGUCAGUUAGGUCUCAAGGUUGAAAUCUUCAGAAGACUUGUUUCAUAUGCUGAAAUGUAUUCAUUUAUAGUUAAUUUUAUUAAUUUUUGUUCAUUUUGGAUCACUAACAUAGACACCUGAAACAUUUAUUCGUUUUUGAAGAGAUUUUAUGAUUAUGGAAAUGCUUGCCCUAAUAAAAGCCUAUGUCGUCAUUCU